GUCAGCGCCUGACAGGGGGAAGAGAAGGAACGGAGUGUCCCGGAACCGGAGUACUCCUUCCCCGGUAGAGGCGCCGGGGAGCCGCUCCGUUGGUGUCGGGGCUUGUUUCGGGUUUGGUUUCGGUGAUGAGCGAUGGGAUAUGAUGUAACACGCUUCCAGGGUGAUGUGGACGAAGAUCUCAUCUGCCCCAUCUGCAGUGGGGUCCUGGAGGAGCCAGUACAAGCUCCUCACUGUGAGCACGCAUUCUGCAAUGCCUGCAUCACCCAAUGGUUCUCUCAACAACAGACCUGUCCUGUGGAUCGCAGUGUAGUGACUGUUGCCCAUCUACGUCCAGUUCCCCGCAUCAUGCGGAAUAUGCUCUCAAAAUUGCAGAUUACAUGUGACAACGCUGUUUUUGGCUGUACCACCAUUGUGCGACUUGACAACCUCAUGUCUCACCUCAACGACUGCGAACAUAACCCAAAGCGACCAGUAACAUGCGAGCAGGGAUGUGGCCUGGAAAUGCCCAAAGAUGAAUUACCAAAUCACAACUGUAUAAAGCACCUUCGCUCUGUGGUGCAACAGCAGCAGGGUCGGAUAGGAGAACUGGAAAAAGCAGCUGCUGAGAGCAAGCAUCAGCUCUCCGAGCAGAAACGUGAUAUCCAGCUUUUAAAGGCAUACAUGAGAGCAAUCCGCAGCGCCAAUCCAAAUCUGCAGAACCUGGAAGAGACUAUAGAGUACAAUGAAAUCCUUGAAUGGGUAAACUCACUACAGCCAGCUCGUGUGACUCGCUGGGGAGGAAUGAUCUCCACACCUGAUGCAGUCCUGCAAGCAGUCAUAAAGAGGUCACUUGUGGAAAGUGGCUGCCCAGCUUCCAUAGUCAAUGAGCUGAUUGAAAAUGCCCAUGAGCGUAACUGGCCACAAGGCUUAGCAACUUUGGAGACGCGCCAAAUGAAUCGCCGAUAUUAUGAGAAUUAUGUGGCAAAGCGAAUCCCAGGCAAGCAAGCAGUGGUGGUAAUGGCUUGUGAGAACCAGCACAUGGGUGAGGACAUGGUGCUUGAGCCAGGUCUUGUCAUGAUAUUUGCUCAUGGAGUGGAAGAAAUUUAAAUGCACACUGUCCAAUAUGCAUACAGUCUUAGCUUCUCCAUCAGCUCCACACUGCCUGGGAAGCAGGGUUAAAUUUAUUACAUCCUUCUCAUUAACAUCUGUUGUCUUCAAACCCAAUGCUUGCCACUGGUGCCUAAUGGUCAUUGUGCUGGAUGAAGCAUGGUCAUCUCGGUUGUGUACAAGAAGAAACUCGCCAGCCAGAUCUUCAAUUGAGAAGAUGUAGAUUAAUAUACGUUGUUUUAUGGCCAAGCCUUCACCCGAGACGCAUCCAAACAAGUUUUUCUUUUAACAAACCCCCCUUGCUGCAUUGUUAGCCAGACUUUGCUUUUGCA